UCGAUCACACCCCCGUCGCCUAUGCUGCCAUACGCGACGGCGGCGGAGGCGGAGGCGGCGCUGGGCCGCGCCAUGACGCGCGCCGAGGCGGCCUGGCUCCGAUACUCCGCGUUCGUGCCCGACCACCUGCUCUACUGCCACAACGUCGCCAUCCUCCUCAUCCUCUACACCAUCGCGCCGCUCCCCCUCGCGCUGCUCGAGCUCCGCGCUCGCGCCGCUCCGGACGGCGUCGCCGCCGCCGUGAUGAGGCCGUCCACGUACAAGCUGCAGCCGCGGGCGCAGCUCUCCCCGGCAGCGUUCCUGCGCUGCUACCUGGACACCGGCCGCGUCCUGCUCCUCACCGUCGGCGCGCUCAGCCUCGUCUCCUACCCGGUCGUCAAGAUGGUCGGCAUCCGGACGGGGCUGCCGCUGCCGUCGGCCGGGGAGGUGGCGGCGCAGAUGUUGGUCUACCUGCUGGUGGAGGAUUACCUGGGCUACUGGAUCCACCGGCUGCUGCACACCAGGUGGGGCUACCACAACAUCCACCGCGUCCACCACGAGUUCACGGCGCCCUUCGGAUACGCCGCGCCCUACGCGCACUGGGCCGAGGUCCUCAUCCUCGGCGUCCCCGCCUUCACCGGCCCCGCCAUCGUGCCCUGCCACAUGACCACCCUCUGGCUCUGGUUCGUCCUACGCCACCUAGAGGCCAUCGACAUCCACAGCGGCUUCAACUUUCCAUUCAACCCGACAAAGCUUAUCCCGUUCUAUGGAGGGGCCGACCACCAUGACUACCAUCAUCGUGUGGGUGGCCAGAGCCAGAGCAACUUCUCUUCUGUUUUCACCUUCUGCGACUAUUUGUAUGGGACGGAUAAAGGCUACCGAUACCAUAAGGCAAGCCUAGAAAAAGGCUUGCUGAAAGGGGAUAACAAGACUAAACUGCUGAAAGGUGUGUAGGAGCUGAUGAAGGUUGCGGCAACUCUGGCAAGGCGGAUGACUGAAGCUUGUGUGUUUGAUGAUCCUGGUGUUGAACUACCUUGUUGAUGCCUAGGCCACUGUCUGCCUUGAUUAGUUGUUUUUGUGUGUGCAAAUCCUCGAGUCUAGUUUCAUAUUCUAGUUAUUUGUUGUGUACCAUGUUGAACUCUUUGGUUGUUGUUGUUAGUAUGGUGGUAGCAAGUUUUUGUCUCAUAGCGAGUGUUUCAAUGGCAAGCAUUCA